AUACCACAGUUCCCCUAUUCUCCUCCGACUGCCUAAUGUGGCUUUUUCGCUGAAUAGCAUCUCGGUGCGACGCAUUGUGACCUGGAUCGGCACCCGCUCCCACACUCUUCUUAGCAUUACUGUCCCGCCGCAUAGCAGCCCGAAGCCUGGCUCGUAUUGCUGCUUACUUACUCCGCGCGACGCUCCCACCCAAGGAUUCCCCGUUCUCCAACUUUGUUCGCAAAACGCCUUCUAGUCCACAAAAGCGGUUUUUCCUUGGCCUGGGCGUUGCCACAAGACUUCUUGCUCACUUCACUGAGCACGGUUCACCCCGCCAUUCACCGCAACCUCCUCGACUGCCUGGCUGCAUUCGAGGCAGCGACGGCGCCUUCGACGCUCGUGUAGCCAACCUUCCGCUCCUGCAACUAUCGUUUGAUCAAGUCCUUGCCCAUCAUGUACUCGCGCGAACAGUUCAUGAACCCUGGUCCCGCACCACGCCCGCCAACAGACCGCCCGCGCCUUGCUCUUACACCCAACACCAGUAGCACCCUCCCGGGGAACAUGGCAGGCCUGAGUCUGCAAUCCCCCGCCUUUAACAACGGCUCGCAAAUGUCUCUCACACGCACCCAGACCGAAAGGUCCGCUUCCUCCACGGCCACGGUCAAGGAGGGAAUGGUCAAGGUCAAAGACGAGGGCCUCUUCAAGUCUUUCGUCUGGGCUGACCGGUGGCUGGUCCUGCGCGAAUUUGAGCUGAACUUCUUCAAGAGCCCCAAUGCCUCAAAGGUAUCCAACACUAUUCAGCUGCGCGACAUCCUUGGCGUCGAGCGAUCCGACACGCAGCCGCUCUCCUUCGAGAUCACCCGCGCCCUCAACACCAGCAAAGGCUCGUCGCCGCCCCGAGAUGGUCCCACCAAGAUCAUCACAUGCAGAGUCGAGACCGACGAUGAGGUCUACUCGUGGAUAGACAGCAUCUACCAGCGAUGUCCCAGCAUGGGCGGCGUCAGCAACCCUACAAACUUCACACAUAGAGUGCACGUAGGCUUCGACCCUAACAGCGGAGCCUUUGUUGGUCUGCCGGUCGAAUGGGAGAAGUUGCUCACUGCAUCUGCCCUCACUAAAGAUGACUACGCGAAGAACCCCAAGGCCGUUCUCGAGGUUCUGGAGUUUUAUACUGAGAAGCUCGUCAAGCGAGAUGACCAGCAAUACCCUCCAACCCCGCCAGCUAACUCUGGCGUGGAGAAACAGCUGGGUUACCAAGGUGGUGGCAAUUCUGUUGCACCCCCACGUCCCGCACCCCCUGGCAACUACCAGCGCAAAGACAGCUAUAGUCAGGGUCAGGGUCAGGGCCAGAGCCAGAGCCAAAGCCCAGGAUACUCCAGUCAGCAAAACUCAGCCUCGCAGCAACAGGAGCGUUACGAGAACGAGAGGAGGCGGCAAGACGAGCAGGCAAGGGUACAGCGAGAACGUGAGCGUGAGAGGCAGAGACAGGAGUAUGAGCGUCAACAACGCGAAGAACUAGCCGAGUACAAUGCUUCGCUACCGCAGAAGAAACUUCCCCUGGCACAACAGGAGAUUGGUGGUGGCUUCGACUCGCGAGACUCGAGCCCGUCCGGCCAGCGAUAUAACCCAAGUCGUCCAGCUCCCUCGACCCCAGGUGCGCAGCGAACCCAACAGCAGGGCCAGCAACCUCCGGGUUCUCUGCGUCAAAUGGCCGCGCAGCGUCCUGCUCCUCCUGCUCCUCAACAGAAUGGCGGUUACAGCAGUUCUCCUACAAAGGUACCUACUACCCAACAGCGGCCACCGAUCGUGCCUAACCAAAGCUACAAGGGAUCGAGUAACAACGUACCCCGCGCUGCCAACGGCCAGCCGCAACAACAAAAACAAUACCAAGGCUCUGCCGCACCUAAACCAUUGAACGUGGCCAAGCCCAGUGGCGCCCCCGUCAGCGAUGCCGUCAAAAAGGCCGAACAGGCACUUACGGCCAAGCCCAAAGAGGAGACGCCACGCAAGGAUGUACGCAUGUCGAGCAUGUCAGAGAGUGAGGUCAUGGCCAAACUGCGUGAAGUUGUUUCAAAGGAGAAGCCGCUGGACUCGUACAAUAAACAGAAGAAGAUUGGUCAAGGUGCCAGUGGUUCCGUGUAUGUUGCUCGUAUCCGUGAGGGCGCGACUUCGCCCAUGGCAAGGAGGGUCAUGCAGGAGAAUGGACCCCGUGCUCAAGUUGCCAUCAAGCAGAUGGAUCUCCGCAACCAGCCACGAAAGGAGUUGAUUGUGAACGAGAUUAUCGUCAUGAAGGACAGCAAACACCCCAACAUCGUCAACUUCUUGGACGCCUUUUUGCAAGAAGAACAGUCCGAACUCUGGGUAGUCAUGGAGUUCAUGGAGGGAGGUGCUUUGACUGAUAUUAUUGACAACAACCCUUCCAUCACUGAAGACCAAAUUGCCACCAUCUGCUUCGAGACAUGCAAGGGACUAGAGUACCUGCAUAAUCUGAACAUCAUCCACCGAGACAUUAAGAGUGACAAUGUCUUGCUCGACGGCCGUGGUAACGUCAAGAUCACCGAUUUUGGCUUCAGCGCCAAACUUACCGAGCAACGCAGCAAGCGUGCGACGAUGGUCGGAACCCCAUACUGGAUGGCACCAGAAGUCGUCAAGCAGAAAGAGUAUGGCAAUAAGGUUGAUAUCUGGUCUUUGGGUAUCAUGGCUAUUGAGAUGAUCGAGUCCGAACCACCCUACCUGAACGAGGAGCCGCUCAAGGCUCUGUAUCUCAUUGCGACCAACGGAACUCCGCGUCUCAAGAAGCCCGAUAAGCUGUCCAAGGAACUCAAGGCGUUCUUGUCCGUCUGUCUCUGCGUCGAUGUCAAGUCGCGUGCCAGCGCAGGUGAGCUGAUUAGCCACGACUUCCUCAAGAGCGGGUGCAGCUUGGCGAGCUUGUCUCAGUUGCUAAACUUCAGAAAGAACGGCGGCCACUAGAAACGGUCGCAUGACCCUAGAGUGAAGAGGCCUUCGCUUUGAGAUGACGAGAGUAGCGGUGGGCAUUUUCAUGAAGCGUUCUGGACUUGAUCGAUACCCCUUCCAUGUACAUUUUCACAGCUAUACCCCACAUCGGUCGGCCUCCUCACUACACCGAACGACCAACGACACAUCGCAAGGCCCAAGCGGCGACGUAGCGUUUGAGUGAUAUCAGGUUGAUAAACUGGACUCUUACUGGCUACUUCGGAAAUUGCUUUCUCAUUUGCCAUAUUUAUACGCUAUUCUCUA